UGUCAAGUUUUUCAUAUUCAGUAAGUCAUCAAUCAACAACUAUCGCAGCAUUUUAAUUGUGUUCAUUUCAAAUCAUCAGUAAAAUCAUUAGAAUGACGGAAGUUGUUAGACCAUCGACUGUAUUAAAAGAUAAUGUAAAAACUAAAACUAUAACCCUUUUUAUCAACGGAAAAAAUCAGCACUACAUGUGUGAAAUCAACCCAAUGGUAACGAAAACUUGGCCUGAAGUGCUUACUUUCAUGGGAUCCACUAUCAAUCCACAAUUUGGAUCUGUGAAAAAGUUAAUUGCAUUGAGUUCCUUACAACCAGUAAAUAGUUUUCACGCAUUAAAUUCGAAAGAAAAGUACAUUGUUCUUGGAGAGGGCGAAAAAUUCAAACGUGCUCCCAACGGUUACAUAAUUCCUUCUAAAGACGAUAACACAAAGAAAUCAAGAACUUCAUCUGUUUUACGGAAACUUGGAGCCGUAACUGAUAUAAAAACACGUCAGAUUAACAAAGAAUCGCAACAAGUGUCAAUUCCAAAAAAUGGAAUUAACACCAAUCUCAACGUAAAAGCGGGAUAUAGUAAUAACUCAGAAAUUAAAGCAGGACAACAAAAACCUAGCAAUGAUAAGAAGGCUACAAAUAGAUAUCUUUAUAAUUCGAAUCAACGCAAUACAAACCAAAAAGCAGGAACGCAGCAGAACAACAAAAUGGAUGCAAUUCAAAAGCGAUUUACCAAACCGAAUAAUGUAAACAACCAGUCUGGGAAAUACAGUUCCAAGGAAUCGACUCCAUGUGUCAACAAAGAAAAAACUAUUAGUGGAAAACCCAUAUCUCAACCCCAACGCAAACCUAUCAACAAAGGACUUGAUGAAUCAAAUCAAUCAAAUAUCCAAGAAUAUUCCCAUGAUGCAGUUAAUACUGAGACGAUAGAGCUUGUCCAUACCUGUGCAUCACCUAUAAAACCACCUUCUUCAGAAAUGAUACAUUCUACGACCUCUCCAUUUCAAAAGUUGAAUUACGUCGAAAAUACCAGUUCAACUAAGGAUAUAUACGAAAAGAAAAAUAUUUUCCAUCCUUCACCUACCACAAGUAUCAAAAAUAUAGCCUGGGCAGCUAAAGCGUCCAACAAUGAAUCGAAAUCGGAUAUGACUACAACUCAUCUAGCAGAAAUAUCUCCAAAUAAAGUACCGCAAGUGAUACCAAUUAAGAAACUUGUAAUUCCAUACGAAUCGAUAGCAGAACGAAUGGAAGACUUGAAAGUAACUAUUUUAGCUUGCAAACAUAACAUUUCGCAAAUAAACAAACGAAUUUAUGAUGAGUGUAAAAAAUAUGAGAAAACUACGUGUUUCGAAGACUUUUAUUCUAAAGAAAAAAAUACAAGACUUCCAAAGCCCAAUCCAAGUAAAAAAGCUAUUAAGGAUACUGCUUCGAUAGAAACCGUACAAAUGUAAAUAAUUUGGUUAUGCUAUAUUUCUACAGUUGUUUCUAGUAAUAAUUAACUAAUUUUUAACUAAUAAUUAUUAACGUAUACAGCAAAGCAAACCAAAGAAUAAUCAAGCAAGUAAUGAUAUCCUGAUAUCAUUUAAGUAACUUCCGUCAUUUUGUAAAAAAAAAUUAUCAGUCAGUAGCCGUACACAAUUCAACGAGGAAAAAAAUAUUUUGCAUGGAUAUUGCAGGCGAUAAUACUGGAUUUUCAGUUGCUACACAAUUGAAAAAUAAAGAAUUGUCUUAAUUAUUAUAAAUAUAAUUUGUUAAUCAAAAUUCUAAUUAUAUAUAAAUGAUAACAAAUAAAUAAAUCAUCUAUUGACUUUGU